CGCACGUGGCGGGGACACGGAGACACGGGAUGGUGGCGAGGGGCAGCCGGGGGCUGCUGCUGCUGCUGACCCUCCCUUUGGCGUGGGGCUGGCUCCAGCUGUCGGUCAUCGGGGGACACGAGGCCAAACCCCACUCCAGGCCCUACAUGGUGUCCGUCCAGUCCCGGGGGGUUCACACCUGCGGGGGAGCGUUGCUGCACCGGCGCUGGGUGCUGACGGCCGCCCACUGCUUCCCCCCGGGGGCGAAGGCUGCCAGGACGGUGGUGGUGGGGCUGCACAGCUUGCAGGAGCGUGGGGCGGCCACGCAAACCUUCCCCAUCCGCAUGGCCUGUCCCCACCCUGGCUACGACCGCCGGACGAUGGCAAACGACCUUCUCCUGCUCCAGCUGGAGGGGAAGGUGACGCUGAGCAGGACGCGGCGGCUCAUCCGGGUGCUGAGGCGGGAGCCGGUGGCUGGGGUGACCUGCAGCCUGGCGGGCUGGGGGGUCCGCGCCCGUGGGGGGCUCUCGCCCACACUGCAGGAGCUGGAGGUCACGGUGCUGGACGCGCGGAUGUGCAACAACAGCCGCUUCUGGAACGGGGACAUCAGCCCCACCAUGAUCUGCUUCCAGGGGCGCCACAGGGGCUCAGCACCCUCCAAGGGUGACUCCGGGGGUCCCUUGGUGUGUGGGAAGCGGGCGGCGGUGGCCGGGGUGCUGUCCUUCACCAGCUCGGACCUCACCGACCCCUUCAAGCCACCGGUCGCCACCUCGGCCGUGAAGCACAAGAAAUGGAUCCAGAAAACGCUGCGGAGGGGCUGCAGCCCCCCCUAGCCCAGGCGCGCCAGAGAGACAGA